AUGCCACGUGCUCCAAGAACUUACUCAAAAACCUACUCCACUCCAGCUAGACCAUACGAAUCAGCUCGUUUAGAUGCUGAAUUAAAAUUAGCUGGUGAAUACGGUUUAAAGAAUAAAAGAGAAAUUUACAGAAUUGGUUUCCAAUUAUCAAAAAUUAGAAGAGCUGCUCGUGAUUUAUUAACCAGAGAUGAAAAAGAUACCAAAAGAUUAUUUGAAGGUAAUGCUUUAAUUAGAAGAUUAGUUAGAGUUGGUGUUUUAUCAGAAGAUAAAAUGAAAUUAGAUUAUGUCUUAGCUUUAAGAAUUGAAGAUUUCUUGGAAAGAAGAUUACAAACUCAAGUUUUCAAAUUAGGUUUAGCUAGAUCAAUCCAUCAUGCUAGAGUUUUAAUCUCACAAAGACACAUUGCUGUUGGUAGACAAAUUGUUAAUGUUCCAUCAUUCACUGUUAGAUUAGAUUCACAAAAACAUAUUGAUUUUGCUCCAACUUCCCCAUACGGUGGUGGAAGACCAGGUAGAAAUAAGAGAAAAUCACAAAAGAAAAACUCAGAAGAAGGUGGUGAUGCUGAAGAAGAAGAAUAA